AUGUCGUUUGUCGCCACCCCUGACGAAGUCCGCGCCUGGGAGGAGCUCUCCUCCAAGCCCUCCUUCUCCCAAGAACUCAUCACCUUGGACUUCACCACGACGCCCGAGUUCAUCCAGAGCGUCCUCCCCCCCGGCUUCGAGCCCGGCGACGAGCCCAGGGGCCACAUCAGCCUAGGAACCUUUGAGAGCCGGCUCUGCGGCGAGUUUGACUGCGUGAUGGUCUCCAUCGACGUCAAGUUCCGCGGCCGCAGGGGCACGCACAUGCUCGAGCUACUCAUCAGCGGCGACACGCCCGUUACCUGGGGCCGUGAGGUCUGGGGCGAAGUGAAAAAGACGGGCAUUUGUCGGAUAUGGCGGUCGGGCAACUACCGCUAUGCGUACGCUGAACGCAAUGGGGUUCGCUUGAUCGAGCUGCAGGGCGAGUUUGGCGAUGAUCUGCCAGCGCGGACCCGCGAGAACACGGCCUAUGAAAUUAAGGCAUACCCUCAUUCCAUGGGCAAGGGCCUUCAGUGGGAGCCCAAGGUCAAUGUCUUGACUGUGGCCGAGCACGACACUCGCCGCUCAGCAGGCCACGGGCGAUUAGUGGUUCGCGGCACGGCCUCCGAUCCUAUGCACAGCAUUCCAAUUCUGACCGUCAGCGAGAUGGAGUACGUCUCAGGGCGCGCCGACUACACCGUGAUUGAGGAGCAUGAUCUUGGCUGCGGCGCGGCGUAUCUGCCCUACAUGAUUGGCCGUCACUACGACGACCUUCGCCAAUUCAAGGUCGGAAGCGAAUGGACUGGGAUGAAGGACAUGGAGGAGGAGACGGAAACGAAUCCCGUGCAGCGACUGACGGCACCUUCCAAGAAUUGGAAAUGA